CUCUCGUUCAUUUUCUUUCCAUCAAUAGUACUAGUCCGUGGUCCUUAGUCCUUCUGAUUCAUCUCAUCUUCUCUCUCUCAUUACUGUUUCUUCCUUAAUUUUCUUUGUGGUCAAUAGUUGAAGCAGUUGAGAGCAAACGAAGAAAAGCUUCUGCUGCUGUGCAGAAAUGGAGAAAGAUAUUGUCAAGAGGGUGGGAGGAUGGAUCAAGGGUAAGGUGAAAUAUUACAUUUGCUUCUGUAGGGUGGCCUUAUUCGUCACAGCUGCGGUUUACUGCCACAACGUUGUGAAUUACAACGUACUGGGUGUCUUGGUGACAUGCUUCACUCUUAAUUUGAAGAAAGACACCAUACGCAGAUCAGCACUACUUGAGAAUGUGCGGGAGGGGCUAGAAAUACAGGUGAAAGCGUGGGCCUAUGCCAGAAGGUCUGGUUUUAGAAAGAUCAUUAUCUUCUCAACUGCUGCCUACAUUCUGGGUCUUGUGAUGUUUUACCUAUCAGCCUCAAACCGAAUUCCAAACACCAGUUUUGGACUAUACAUGUUUCUUUCUGUUCUAAUAGCAGUUGGUAAAGCUGGAGGUGUGUCUUUCUUAAAAACAUAUCUUUUGGAUGAGUUAAUAGCUGGCCAUGAAAACAUAUCAGAUAUCAAUUACAAUCGAGCACAGCGGCGAACAAAUAUAUGGUUGUCCCCAGCUGGGGUCUUGGUUGUGUUUGCCACUCCCUUAAAUUUCGAUGAAUCUUGGUCAAGAAUGUUUUUGAAUUCAAUGUAUAUGGUAGGAGCUGCUUCCUUCUUGUCCUUCUGUGGCAGCUUAUUCUCCCAUCAGAGACAUCAUCCCAACACAAAAACUGAGAGCACCAAAAGGCAUCGCAAGUACCCUGAUACUUCUGAUGAGUAUCACCUAAAAAAUGAUCAUCAAACUCUUCCUCCUGAUCAGCCCUUCAACAACGAUGGUAAUCAAUUGCCUGAAUCAUCACCGACUGCUGGUGCAGAAGCACAACAGAAAAGCCCAUCACUUUGUUCUGUGAAACAAGAAAAUGUAGGAAAGCUUCUUCUAAGAAUGAUUCCUAUGUGGAGUGCUUUUAUCGUGUUUGGUCUGGUAAUGUCAACUGCAGACACUUUCUUUAGUGUGGAACAUGACAUCAUGGACGAUCAAAUCGAUACUUCUUAUUUCCUUUUAGCUAAGGACGUGUUAAAGGUAGUUAGUGCCUGUCUGAGUAAGUUCCUGGUGUCAAGAAGGAUCUCUAGAAGCCAACAAAAUCUUGCUCUCAAAAUGAUAAUUUGUCUUGGAAUGACGUUUUCUGUAUUAUGCCCUAGUUUUGCAUGGCAAGUUGAAGUUCAGAGAUUGAAAAUAGUUCACGAAAGCAGAUUACAUGGGGUGUCAGAAGGCACAAAAGUGCCCAUGAGUGACUUGUGGCUGGCUUCCCAAUUCUGCCUGUGGGGACUUGCGGAAGGGCUUGCUAUAAGUGGGCUGGACGAGUUCUUCGGUUAUCAUGUUUCAAAAUCUAUGGAGGACUACGGGUCAGAGGUAUUCAAUACAAUUCCUAUUGGGAUUGGUAGCUUCCUCAGCGUAGUUUGUGUUUCAGCAUGUGGGGGGUGGUUUGGCAACACCUUAAACCAGAGUCGUUUGGACAAUUAUUACCGGAUGAUAACAAUCGUGGCUUGGAUAAACCUAUGUUGGUUCUUCUUCGUAUCAACAUUUUACUCAACAAAGGAGGAGGUGGAGGAUGAGGGUAUACAGCUACAAGAAAUCAUAGCGGGAGUUGGUUAAUUUAGAACUUUCCUAGCUGCUUCAAUCCAUUUUUAUGGAUAUCUCUCGAAGAGAGUGGUCUAUACUUAUGAGCUUUGACAAAUUAUUUUUUAAUUCUUUUGUGACAACAUGGUUAAUGUUGAAUAUCUUCAUUUUUUUUAAUUUUUUUUGUAAAUGUUAGAGUACAUUGAUGAAAUAGUAGACAGCUACUGCUCUUAUGUUAUACACUAUAUAUAUCAUUACAAUCUUGUAGGGUAAAUGAUUCCCUUGU